AGGACUUCCUUCUCUACCUCAGUCAGGCUUCAGCGCUUCAGCCAGCACAAGCUAACAAGUCUUUGUGUGGAAAGGGAGAGAGUGCGAGCGAGAGCAAGAGAAACGGAGAGCGAGAGAAAGAGAGAUACAAAUAGAGAGAGAGAGAGAGAGAGAGAGAGAGAGCUAGAGGGGAGAGAGAAGCUGGCUGAGAAAGCUGACAGCAAGCAACACCAGAGGGAGAGAGGCAGAGAGGGGGUAGAGAGAGAGCGAUAGUGAGAGCUAGACAGACUCCUGGGUGCUAAACAAUAGAGUAAAAGGGUAGCAGCAAGGUCUGUCCUUCUGGGAGCCCUGUCCAUGUGGACGUUUAUGUAGUGAAUACUGUGGGGUUGAAUAGCACUAGAGGAUUCCUGGCGUUUGCAAGGCGAUACGACACAGGGGCAGACGUUGGGUGGUAGGCCUACACCAGGAUGAGUGGGAUCCUGAAGAGGAAGUUUGAGGAGGUGGAGGUAGACAGUCCCUCCCCCUGCCUCUCUCUCCAGGGGUCCGAUGACGAGGUCUCCGCCGGCAGCGACAGCGGGAACAGCAGCGACAGUGUCAACCCCGGCCCCUCCACCCCCGUUGCCCCCUCUUCGAUCUUGAUGUGUGAGAAGCGCCUGCGGGUGCGCAACGUGCACUUUGAGAGCGUGACGGUGUACUACUUCAGCCGGCGCCAGGGCUUUACCAGCGUGCCCACGCAGGGUGGCAGCACCCUGGGCAUGUCCACGCGCCACAGCUGGGUGCAGCGCUACACCCUGGGGGAGUUCGCUGUGGAGCAGGAGAGAAGCCACCGAGACAUGCUGCGAGACCACCUCAAAGAGGAGAAACUCAACUCCAUCAAACUCAAGCUGACCAAUAAUGGCACUGUGGAGUCGGACGAGGCCGAGUCACUGACCCUGGAUGACAUCUCGGAGGACGACAUCGACCUGGACAACACGGAGGUGGACGAGUACUUCUUCCUGCAGCCGAUGACCACCAGGCGGCGCCGCGCUCUCCUCCGGGCGUCCGGGGUGCGACGCAUCGACGUGGAGGAGAAGCACGAGCUGCGGGCCAUCCGGGUGUCCCGGGAGGAGUGUGGCUGCGACUGCAGGGGGCUGUGCCACCCCGCGACCUGCGCUUGCAGCCUGGCCGGCAUCAAGUGCCAGGUAAAUGGAGCUGUGGUAGAUCGCAUGUCAUUCCCGUGCGGCUGCAGCAAGGAGGGCUGCAGUAACAGCACAGGCCGCGUCGAGUUCAACCCCAUCCGCGUUCGCACCCACUUCCUGCACACCAUCAUGAAGCUGGAGCUGGAAAAGAGCCGUGAGCAACAACAACAACAGCCGCAGGUCACCAACGGCAAUGGUUACCACGGAGAACUACCAGUCAACGUCCCCGUCCAGCGGGCUCUGCAGUACUCCCUAAUGUCUGACAACAUCCCAGUCCCGCAGGCUCCCAUCAUGCACCUGCCGAGCGCCAGCGACACAGAGCAGCAUCUAGAAGAGGAAGCGGACGAAGAUGAGGAAGAUGAUGACGAGGAGUACGAGGAUGAGGACGAUGGUAGUAGUUUAUGUAGCGGCCUCUCGGACUGCAGCACCGACAGCCUGCACACUAGUGACUCUGAGGAAGAAGAGGAGGAGGAGGAAGAUGACUGUGAGUCUAUGGAGGAGGGGGUGAGUGGACCCCCAGUCUCUCACACAGAGGUGGUUCCUCUCUCCUCUGUGUUGGGAUACACUGACGGCACACACACCAACACCAACCACACUAACCCCAACUCAUACUACCACAACCCUUCAACAGAGUACUACCAGAUGGACAACUCAGCCAACCUGAACCCCACACCCAAAGCCCCUAGUGAAGCUCCCUCACUCCCCCUCUCACUCCCUAACAGGGAGGGGGCCACCGAUAGCCCCACGAUUGUGUCACAGGAGCAGCCUAAAACCACCUCCGAGCCACACACAGACCACCUCAGCCAGGCAGAGGGACAGUAUAUGCAUUUUCCCCACUCUGACAAAGCACCGGUGGCCAACGCCUGUUCCUCAGCCCCCCAGCAGAGCAACACUCCCCCUAGUGGGGAGACUAGUGAACUACACCAUGAGCAGCCCUUUCAGACGCAGGUUAGCAGUUUUCGUCACGAAUCUUGUUCUGGAGGCAGCUCUGCAGAGUGGUCACUAGCUGGCACAGCCACAAAGUCAUAAAAUCUGAUU